AGUUCUUCCAUAAUCUUGGAGAGAAUGACAGUUCAUGUCAGGGGUUGUGAUAUUUUUCCAUUUUAAUUAUUAUAGAUUAUUACUACUAUUAACUAUUUCACUAAUUUUUCUAUUUAUUUAACGUCUCCAGUGAACGUGUGGCUCUUUUUCUAUAUUUAUUUAGGAUUAUUUUUCCAUACCACUAACUCAAUUAUUUUAAUGAGUGAGGUUAAAUAUGAAAGAUAUAUGAUCUUCAAUUUGGCUUUGAUAACAUUUUCUCUGUAAAAAAUAUUAAAUCUACAUUUAUUAAUAUUCACUAUGGCUGCAAAUACUUCUGUUAAUGUACCUCAAGAGGACAUUCCAGUUCGAGAUGAUAUGAUUGAAACUGCAAUAAAAUUUCUAGAAAAUCCAAAUGUUAAAAAUACUCCUUUGGCUCAAAAACAAACAUUUUUGCAACGUAAAGGCUUGACUGAUCAGGAAAUUCAAAUAGCUUGUGAAAAAUCGGGCGCUUAUGCUCAUCAUGAACAACAAAAUGGUGUUACACCAUCAUUACCUCCAUUAUCUAGUACAGUUACCAAUUAUAGAUCACACGGUGUGGCACAAUUAAGUUUUUUCGAUAGAAUAAGAGAAAUAGUGCACAAUAUUGCAAUUUUUAGUAUUGUCGCUUACGUUAUUCAUAAAUUUUAUCAGCAAUAUGUAGCUCCAUUUUUAUUUGGGAAAAAGAAAAAAACAGUAGAGGAGAGUGUGCAGGAGAUGAACAAAAAUAUGAAAUCGUCUAUUGCAGAACUAAAAGAUGAUCUGAAAAGUGUAAAAGUAGAAGUCGAUAAAUUAAGCCAAAGUUCAGAAAAUAAUACAACUAGACAAUUAGUAGAAUUAAAAUCUGAAAUUACUAGUGUCAAGGGGCUUCUCUUAGGGAGGAAACAAUUUCCAUCAGUAGCAAAUAGCCCUGUAGUUCCCCCUUCGAUACCAGCUUGGCAAAUGUCCAGCGUAGGUCUCGACGGCAAUGACGAUCAUGACGGUGACGGAGAAGAGAGAAAGGAAGACCUUUUAGAGGUUGGAUCUGGUUCAGGUUCUUCAGAGCCAGAGCACGGGAUGAAAACUAGUGAAUCUAGUUUAGAAAUCAUAUAUUCAUCAAGGGAUUGUGAUUCGGAGUCUUGCCAUAGUAAGAAAAGUCACAAGGAGGAUAUCGACAAAGAUCGACUCGAUUGCUAAGAGAAGUAUAUUUUAUUUACCUGGAAUUUUGUGCGUAUUUUCUGUUACUUAUUGUUGUCAGGAAAUGUAUUUUAAAUGAGGUUUAGAUUGGGAUUUGAUGAUAAAUUUACUUUUUAUUGUUUUACAUAUUUGUAUCAAAUUGGCAAAUAUAUUUGUUUUAUAUUAUUA